AUGGAAAAGCCAGAUGAAAGUGGAUUCAGUCAAUUGAAGGGAUCGUUUACGCGUGAGAAAACAAGGGGGAGUUUUUCUCAUUCUCAGAAAGAGUCAAAUAAGGAUGUUUCGUCUGUAGAGGAUGAUGAAUGUACGACAACAGAGGAUGUAGAUGCUCAAGAGACACGCCAAAAGAGGUUCACAUCAACCUUACAAGGGAACCGCUUUGAAGAAUUGCGAAGUUUGCGUGAUAAGGAACGUGAAGAUGCUAUCCAGAAGGGAUUAAUAGACGAUCCUUCCAAACCAAGGCAACUGGAUGAAGCGGUGACCUUUGUAGGUACCUGUCAAGAUAUGUGUCCUGAAUAUGAGCGUGAACAGCGUGAAUAUCAAAACAACUUAGAACGAUGGGAAAUAAAUCCCGAAACUGGUCGUGUCGACAAAAACUUGGCAGUCAAAGCUUUUCAUCGUCCUGCUGCAGGAAACGAACAGGCUCUUCCGUCUGAUGUUCGUCCUCCACCCGUUUUAAAGAAAUCACUUGAUUAUUUAAUUGAUAAAAUCGUCUGCGGUCCUUAUCCUUUGGAAGCUACCCACUUUUUCGUGCGUGACCGAACACGCUCGAUUCGUCAAGAUUUUACCUUACAAAACAACCGAGGGUUAGAAGCUGUGGCUUGCCAUGAACGCAUUGCCAGGUACCAUAUUCUUUGCCUGCAUCAAUUAUGCGAAAAGAAAAACUUUAGUUCACAACAAGAAGUAGAGCAGCUUCGGAAGGUAUUACAAUCCUUAUGUGAGUUUUAUGACGACCUCCGAAAAGAAGGCAUAUCAUGUCCUAAUGAAGCCGAGUUUCGGUCUUAUUCCAUCAUUACUCAUCUCCGAGAUCAAGAUGUUGUUCGACAAUCUCAAAUUUUGCCUAUUGAUACCUUCAAUGAUCCGCGCAUGCAGUUGUCCUUACGGCUGUCAGCUCUUGCUCAGAAAAAUAAUGAGCGCAUUGGUCACUUACUUCCUUUAAACACCGAAGCUACUCCAAAUUUGUAUACUAGAUUCUUUAAACUCGUUAAAUCUUCCUCUGUGACGUAUUUGAUGGCUUGUUUAUUGGAAUCCCAUUUUACCUCUAUUCGAAAAGGUGCCAUCAAGGCCAUGCGUAAAGCCUAUAUGUCAGUUCAUGCAAAAUUCCCUUGCAUCGACUUGCAGAGAAUACUACAGUUCGAUACAAUAAAUAAUGUUCUCGAUUUCUGUGAAUAUUAUUCUUUGGAAGUUUAUGAAGAAAAUGGAGAACAAGUCGUAAACCUAAACAAGGCCAGUUUUUUUGACGACUCAAAGCCUGAUUCCAUGCAACGCUUUUCCCAUACAUUAGUUGAAUCUAAACUAAAAAACCGCUCUUUUGCUGCUAUAAUUAAUGGAGAUAAUACCUCCAUGGAAGGGGAAAAGUUAGCAAAGCCAAAAAUUCCUGUUAGUAAGCCAAUGCCUGAUGUUGAAACUCGAGGUGUUAUUGCUGAAAAGAAUAGCACUCCAGCUUUUUCUAAAGGCAAACUUAACGUUAACGCACCCUCUUUUGUUCCCAGUUUUUCUAUCUCUCUUCCCAAAACACCACUGAAUGCUGAACUUCCCAAGUUUGAUGAAGAGUCAUUGCCUUCCGUUGUCUCAGAAAAAUCUUAUACUCCCGUACCGCUUCCAAGCAUAAAUAAACCUACUCCAUCUGAAAGAAAGCCAACGUUUUCUUUAAAUGAUUUAAAUACGAUAUUUCAAUCCGUAGUGGAACGUACUUUGGGUCCAUUAUGUGUUCGAAUAUGCAGAGAAGUUUAUGAUGAAUUUAUUAAUGAAACCUCCGGAGCAAUAUAUAUUUCAAUGGUCAAGGAUUUAAUACGCCUCUCAAGUUUAGAAUCUCUUACGAUUGAAAUCUACAACAGCACCGUAAAAGCAAGAGCAUUUGGUCGUAUAAAACUGAUUGCUCAACAGUGCUGGCUUGCAAAACGGAAACGGGAAAUUCAGAGACUGAAAGAACAGCAACAAGAAGAGCACUAUAAAGCUGUAUUAAGUUCUUUACUUGGAAACUCAUGUCUAAAUAGUCGUCGCGCUCAUGGCACACGGGUUUUUAGUGGAGAUUAUAAUGUGAAAAAUGAAAAAGCGUCCGAACAGAUUAGACAGGAGCAUGAUCGAAUACAAAAAUUUUGGGAGGAAGAAGAUAUUAAUUCUUUUUUGAACUUGCUUAACAAACACAAUUUAAGAUCUCCGUGGCAUUUAUUGAUUUUUAGCGCAUCUAAUAAUCCAUCUAUUUAUCGUUGGUUCAGGUCGAAAUUAGGUCUGAAGUGUUCAUCUAAUCCCUCUGUUUGGAGCUUAACUCACAAGAUUGUGGACAAGGAAUAUAAUUUCCUAAUGCCAGAUACUAUACUGGAUUUAAGUGACCAAAGAAUGUGUUAUGGAGCUUGCAUUUAUGAUAUGGGUUUGAUUGAGGAUAGUGUUUGCAACUCCCCGUCGAUAGGUGAUGGUAAUGACCCCAACUCCAAGAAAGAUGCAUUGACAGAUCCCUUGAGAGACAACCUUUUCUCAUUUUUAAAAGUUGUUUCUGAUCGUACGACAACGAAAUUUCCUCUUUUGUUAGUUAUGUGGACACGAGGUAAUUGUGCAUUAGAGGACUACGUUGAACGAUUAAGAUUCAUGGACAUCAUUACCUCCUCAUGGUCGGCAGUAAGCAGCAUUCAUGUAUUAACAAUAAUAAAUGUUGAAGACGCAACUUUGGGUGAAAGCCUCAAACUGCUGUCAACCAACGUUACUUCCGAACUAUCACCUUCUUUUCAAGUUGAGCAAAUCUCACAAAAUAAUAGAAAGAGAGAAGCUGAGAUUCGACUUAAUAGUAUGCGGAAAAAGCGGCCGCUUCGAAGGACAUUACCUUCGUUUGAAGAAGAGAUUGUGGAUAAUCAGCAUGAUUUGUCUCACAUACUUCCCGAUACAAAUUACAAUGCGGAUUCAUUAACGCUUCUACGUGACAAAAUCAAGAAGGCACAACAAAUAUUAAGCAAGGUGCAAACAACGAAAUGA